GACUGCCUGUUUGAACAUCGCGUCUCGCUCCUCCGCGGAGGCACCGCGACGCUACUGGCGACGUACGUGCGAGAGCCCGCUUCCGCACUGUUAAAUGAGCAGACGAUGAUGAUGACUCUUAUAGCGUCAGUCCCCCUCGGCCAAUGGAGAAAGCCCUCGCUGCCGCUUCUUCCUGUCUCCGUCCGCAUAUGAUCGUGGCCGCGCAUCACCACCGCCUUCUCUGCCUUCCCGCACGAGAGCGAGCGCUACCCCUGCACACAGUUAGGCCAGGAAAGAUCCAGAACUAUGUCCAUCCUGAAGAUCCACGCCCGCGAGAUUUUCGACUCCCGUGGCAACCCCACAGUGGAGGUUGACCUGUACACCAAGAAAGGUCUGUUCAGAGCUGCUGUUCCCAGCGGUGCCUCCACUGGCAUCUAUGAGGCUUUGGAACUGCGUGACAAUGACAAGACACGCUACAUGGGCAAAGGUGUCUCAAAAGCUGUUGAGCAUAUCAAUAAAACUAUUGCACCAGCACUGAUUAGCCAGAAUGUGAAUGUCCUGGAGCAGGAGAAGGUUGACAAGCUGAUGUUGGACAUGGAUGGCACAGAGAACAAGUCUAAGUUUGGUGCUAACGCCAUCCUGGGGGUGUCCCUGGCUGUGUGCAAGGCUGGUGCUGCAGAGAAGGGCGUGCCCCUCUACCGCCACAUUGCAGACCUCGCUGGCCAUCCCGAAGUCAUCCUCCCUGUUCCCGCUUUUAAUGUCAUCAACGGUGGCUCCCAUGCUGGCAACAAAUUGGCUAUGCAGGAGUUCAUGAUCCUGCCCGUGGGAGCCAGCAGCUUCAAGGAGGCCAUGCGCAUUGGUGCCGAGGUCUACCACAACCUGAAGAAUGUGAUCAAGGAGAAGUAUGGAAAGGAUGCCACCAACGUGGGAGACGAGGGCGGCUUCGCACCAAACAUCCUGGAGAACAAAGAGGCUCUUGAGCUGUUGAAGAAUGCCAUCGCCAAGGCCGGCUACACUGACAAGAUUGUCAUCGGCAUGGAUGUGGCUGCCUCUGAGUUCUACAAGGAUGGCAAAUAUGACCUGGACUUCAAGUCUCCUGAUGACCCCAGCCGUUACAUUACCCCUGACCAGCUGGCUGACCUCUACAGGAGCUUCGUAAAGGAUUACCCAGUGGUGUCAAUAGAGGACCCCUUUGACCAGGACGACUGGGCAGCGUGGUCCAAAUUCACAGCCAGCACCAGCAUCCAGGUGGUGGGGGACGACCUUACAGUCACCAACCCCAAGCGCAUCGCCAAAGGUGUGGCUGAAAAGGCCUGCAACUGUCUUCUGCUCAAGGUCAACCAGAUUGGCUCCGUCAUGGAGUCCCUGAAGGCCUGCAAGAUGGCUCAGAGCAAUGGCUGGGGUGUGAUGGUCAGUCAUCGCUCUGGAGAGACUGAGGACACCUUUAUUGCUGACCUGGUGGUUGGACUCUGCACUGGGCAGAUAAAGACUGGAGCACCUUGCCGAUCUGAGCGCCUGGCCAAGUACAACCAGCUGCUCAGGAUUGAAGAGGAGCUUGGCGCCAAGGCCCGCUUCGCUGGCCAGAACUUCAGACACCCCAUCUGAGCUGGUCCUCCUCCUUGGGCCUCUAUGUUUUCAUCGUGCAUAAAUAAUCCUCACACUUCUAUGCCAUGCUAGGUUGCCUGCUCUGUUCAGAGAGAAGACGGAACACCAUUGAAAUCUAAGGUCCAAGUCUGUGGCCUGUGGCCCAGAAAUCUAUGUCCUGCUGCACCACAGCGUAGCUCAUCCACCAACUAUGCUUUGGCUCUUGAAUAGUACUGGUCCUUUUGUUUGUGUUUGUGUCAAUGUGUGAGAGUACUUUGUUUUGCUUCUUAGUGAGUUGUAGUGAUACCUGGUUGUCUCUCGAAUUUCAACAAAGAGCUACUGUAAGUUUAGUACAGUCAUGCCUUGAGCAAUGACAAGAGUAUGUGCAAUGUGUAUGUCGAAGGAGUUCUAGUGUUACUGUAAGCAUUGGCACAAAUAAGUAAUAAAAGAUUAUUUGAAA